CCGAUUGCACUACGUCAAGUCACUUUAGACAAGACAAUUCAAGACAUGAAUAUGACACGACACUCGACAGACAGACGAACGAACGGUUAACGUUAUCACGGUAGUCGGUACCUUCCUACUUUAGCUAGCCAAUACGUCCUCAGUUCUAGUUUUUAUUUUUUAUGAAUGGGCUAUUUUGUAGCUCAUAUAUUAUAGGUGAUCUAUAAAAGGUACCCAGCAACCACAAUGGGCUUCAUAUUUAAUUUGAUAAAAAGAUUAUUUAUAAUAACCCUCAAGACAGUUUUCUUUUUGGCUCUUAUAUCUGCCAUCAUUGUUCUUAUCCCCAACUUCCCACCAUACACAAAAUUUACCAGCAUUGAGAUACCAUCACCACAGCCAAGAGUUGGCCCAUUGGCCACAAAUGGGGCAUUGAAUAAUGGUGGGAAAUUGUACUCUGGUAAACUAUUGGGACCGGAAGCUUUCCAGAUAUACAAAGGAGAAGUAUAUACCAGCUUGGCAACAGGAGAGAUUGUGAAACUGUCACCACAAGGUCAUGUUACAUUUGUUGCCAAAAUUGGGGAACCAUGCAGUGGACUAGUUCAUGAGCACAUUUGUGGCCGGCCUCUUGGCUUUGUUAUUGAUGAUAAAGAUGGAAACUUGUAUGCAGCUGAUGCAUAUUAUGGCAUUUGGAAGGUAAACCUGAACUCAAACAAGAAACAACUUCUUGUGUCUCCAAGAGUUUCAAUACAAAACCGGCUGCCUAAACUGUUUAACUCAGUUGCUUUGGCCAAGAAUGGAGAUUUAUACUGGACAGACUCAAGCAGUGAUUUUGAACUUAAAGAUGGUGUUAUAAGCUCUUUGUCUGAUCCUUCAGGAAGACUCUUACAUUAUGACGCUGCUAGAAACCAAAGUAAAGUACUUUUGGAUGACUUGUGGUUUGCAAAUGGUGUGGUUGUAUCGCCCAAUAAUGAUUUUGUUGUGGUCUGCGAAACUUUCCGGAGCAGAUUGAUGAAAUACUAUCUCAGUGGACCUAAAAAAGGACAGUCUGAAGUUUUUGUGGAUGGACUGCCUGGUGCACCCGACAACGCGCGCCUGCUGCCGGACGGAUCUGGUAUCCUGGUUGCGCUGUACACUGUAUUCGAAGAGGACCGACCACCCCUAACAAAAUUGAUGGCGGCUGCGCCAUUAUUCAGGAAGUUGGCAGCACGUCUCCACAGACUUGUUGAGAUACCGUUUGAAUAUCUCAACAGCCUUUCUCCAAACAUCAUAUUUGAAGAGAUUGUUUAUAGCAUUGGACACUUCAAAACUUUGUCGGGUCUAACUCCACAAAUGUCUGGACUGGUACAAUUGGAUUGGAACGGAAAUAUUGUAGCUGCGUAUUAUAAUACAGACAAAUCUUUAGGUCACAUCAGUGACGCCAUUGUGUUCAACGGCAAGCUUUACACCGGUAGUCCUCAUUUACAAGACUAUGUUGGAGCAGUUGCUGCUCCACCUCAGUUGAAGAAAGCUUUUGAAUCGUCCAAACAAGCCGAAAAUCCUAAAGUUGUGAAGAAGACUGAAGAAAAACCUAAAGCUGCCCCUAAGCCUUCAGACAAGCCUAAGGUAGAGAAAGAAACGCCAAAGGUAGCUAAACCUCAAGAAACGGGCAAGCCCACAACAACAACUAAGCCAGCUGAAAAGACAACACCACCACCUAAGCCUGUCGAGAAGACUACUCCCCCACCACCUAAGCCUGUCGAGAAGACUACUCCCCCACCACCUAAGCCUGUCGAGAAGACUACUCCCCCACCACCUAAGCCUGUUGAGAAGACUACUCCCCCAACACAUAAGCCUGUCGAAAAGACUACUCCUCCACCACCUAAGCCUGUCGAAAAGACUACUCCUCCACCACCUAAGCCUGUCGAAAAGACUACUCCUCCACCACAAAAGCCUGUCGAAAAGACCUCUCCACCCCCACCUAAACCAACAGAGAAGACACCACCACCACCUUCCAAGCCUGCCGAGAAAACACCUCCGCCAUCUCCAAAACCUGUGGCUUCCCCUCCUCCACCAAAAGCGGCAGAAAAGCCUACUCCCCCUCCACCAAAACCUACAGUAAAGGCUUCUUCUCCACCACCCAAGGCAGCCGAGAAACCUUCCCCACCACCUAAAGCCGCUGAACCUAAAAAGGAAGAACCCAAAGUCCAAACUGCUGAAACUAAACCCAAACCAAUAAAGGAGGAAAUCCCGUCGGACACUAUUAAACCAACUAAGGAAACUUUAAAAGUCAUAAAGAGGGAUGGUCCUGCUGAAAUACAUGUGCCUGUUCAGUGAAUAACAUAAUAUGGUUGUGGUAUUUUAAUUUAUAAGUGAUGCAUAAAAGAUCUCUCAGAAAUGAACAAACACAAUUGAGGGGACUUAAAUAUUGGGUGGGUUAAUAAUAAUGUUACAUACGAUCUGCCAACUGCAUUUACUUACACAUGUGAAGUACGAUUAUAUACAAUACCUAAUUUAUAUUUAUG